AUAAGUGAUAGUAAAAUUUCAUGAUAAAUAAUCAAUGUAUUGAGUUUAAUAUUUAAUUUUUCGAAUAUUUCUUGGAAUAAUAUAUGUUUGUACAAAGUUUAAAUACAAGUUAAUAGUUCAGAGAGAAUUUAAAAUGCCGAUGGCUUAAGUGCAAUUAAAUGAUUCAGUACAGUCUACUGCGGUAAAGUAAUUGAUUUGUAAACUGUAGACCUAGUGAUCAAUACUCUGUGCGUUCAUUUCUCCUCUUUUCUGCCUAGAAAACCUUGCAAAGAUUCCGUCAAGAAAAAGGAUAAUAUCGGCAAAGAAUUUAAAUGAAAUCCUGCGAGAUGCAAUCAGAAUAUAUUUUUUCAAUUAGAUAUCAUUGAAAUGCUAACAAAAUCCUGACAUAAAAUUAACGAAAAGGAGCUUGUAAUGUUUUUAAGAACUUGUUCUAAUCCUAGAAAAAUCGUUGUUGCUUCGUGGCUGCACGUUUCUCUAAGGAUUUAUCGCUUCCUUAAAAUAUUCCUUAUUAAAAUUGCUUUGGUAAACACCUCAGAGCCCAGUGAAAACUGUGUUUUAAAUCUUGUUCAAAUUAUGGAAUUCUGCGACUACACGAUUUUUUCAAGAUUUCGCAGCUUCUUGUAUGAUCUCCGGUUGCAAAACAGUAAUAAAUUGUUCACGAUUUUGAUCGAAUUCCAAUUCAAAUCGACUCAACACCUUAAAACUUCGUGGAGACGCCUUUUUUUCCAGAUAUUCUUGUUCCCUUAGAAAAAACGGUGAACCUGUGUAGGACCCUUGUCAGAUAUGUCAGAGAACUGAUCCAAAACAUCAGAUAUUUUCCAUAAGGGAAAUUCAUCAUUAUUCAUUAGAGUCUAUUGAGGUUCACAAGAGUUCAGCAGAAACCACCAGGUUUCAUAAUAAUAUGAAAUAAAUAUGGAAAACCUGAAUAUUGAAGGAACCUAUUAGAUCGUAUAAGCCACAGGACCCAUCAAGAUAUAUCAAAAUUUAUCGUUACUCAUCUGAGUUUCAAUCUCCAGGAUUUCCUUUCUCUUCCUUGUCAGAAAUUUCACGACCGAUUCUUUGUCUUUUUACUUAGUAUUCAAGGAUUCUAAUCGACCCACAUGAAUUUCAGUAGAUCCUGGGAUAUAUCAGAACUCAGUCUCUUUUCUUUGUAAAUAGGUUAUUCAGAGUUGCAAAAAUAGUACCUGAAGAUCACAUCGAUUCAUCUAGAACACUGUUUGGAUUUUAUAUCCUUCUUUUAUGAGUCUCUUUAAUUUUCUUGGGUUUUGUGAAUAUUCAGAACAUUAACCUAUGCUGAUGGAUUCUAGAAUCCACGAGGAUCCAUUUUUCUCCCUUGGGUUAAGUAGAUUUGUAAUGGAAAACAAUUAUUUUUCUUAAAAUGGUCAAUUCUAUCAUCAAAUUAGAGGUGGAGCUACGGGAUCAGCACUUACAUUGACUGCCGCUUAUUGUUAUAUGUUCUUUUUUGAACAAAAAAUUAUAACACAAAUAAAAAAUAGCGGUGGUCUGUAUUUUCGAUAUAUUGAUGACUUAUUUAUUACAAUAAAUUGGCCAGCUCGACAUUUACUACAACAAAUAGAAAGAUGGAAUAAACUUGAUGAAAAUAAUAAAUUAAAUGCAAAUAUUGGUUCAAAUAUAAAUUUCUUAGACUUAUAUAUAGAAAAUCAAGAUGAAAUUUUAUUUACUAAAGUAUAUCAAAAGCCAUCUUAUGAGCCAUUUCAAUAG